AUGCUGCUGCACUCGGUCGGCGCGGCGUCUGCCCCUAGUGGGCGACGCCGCUCUGGCAAGGGCAAGGGAGGCAAGGGCGCGGGUGGAGCUGGAGGGGGCGGUGGAGGUGGCGGUGGAGGCGGCGGAGGGAGUGGGGGUGGCGGCGGGAGUGGUGGAGGGGGUGGUGGUGGUAGUGGUGGCAGCGGCGGCGGAGGCGGCGGAGGUGGCGGCAGCGGUGGUGGUUGCGGCAGCGGUGGCGGUGGAGGCGGUGGAGGGGGCGGAGGAGGAGGCGGUGGUGGCGGAGGGGGUGGAGCUGGUCGGGGUGGUACCCAGCAGCGGAGCGGCGGUGGUGGUGGUCAGCGCCCGCAGCAGCAGCAGCAGCAGCGUUCGCGGGACAUCCCUCCGCCCCAGCAGCUCCGUGAGUGGUAG